AUGGCAUCAAGAAAUCCCGAAGAUACAGGUACAAUUUGUAAUUUGGCAAUCAAUGAGGAUUUAAAUGCAAGCCUCGCCCGUUUUUGGCAAAUCGAACAUACGGGAAGGCAAAAUACUCGUUCUCCGGAAGAGCGCACAUGUGAAAAACAUUUCGAAAGCACCUAUCAACGUAACGAGGAAGGUCGUUUCAUUGUACGUCUACCAGUGAAAGAAGAGCAACUUCAAAAAAUUGGAGAUUCUCAGGAAUCAGCUCUCAAGCGUUUUAAUAAUUUAGAAAAGAGAUUCACUAAGCAGCCGCGGGUGAAAGAAGCAUACGUAAAAUUUAUGCAAGAAUAUUUAGAAUUGAAGCACAUGCAAGAGGUUCAUCCCGAGGAUGCAAACGUUCAACAGCGAUAUUAUCUAGCGCAUCAUUGCGUUUUGAAGGAAUCAAGUACUACCAGUCUGAGGGUAGUAUUCGAUGCGUCAAGCAAAUCAUCCAGCGGUGUUUCAUUAAACGAUGCGUUGAUGGUAGGUCCGGUUGUACAGCAGGAUCUAUUCGCUAUAUUGCUAAGAUUCAGAAGCUUCAAGUAUGUGAUAACUGCUGACAUAAGCAAGAUGUACAGGCAGAUACUCGUACAUCAAGAUCAAACGCUCUUACAGUGUGCCAAUUCGAUCGAGGAGGCGCGAAUAAUCCGUGAUCAGGUAGCGGCAUUACUCUUGAAAGGCGGAUUCGUGCUAAGAAAAUGGGCUUCGAAUGAUGAGAAAUUAUUGCAGGAUGUCCCAAGUAAAAGAAUGGACAAUUCAAUCAUGGAGCUUGAAGCUGACGGCACUACAAAAACUUUAGGCGUUAAAUGGAAUCAUCUCAAAGACGCAUUUCAAUACUCUAUUAAAAUAUCACGUAUGAUGAGAUGCACAAAAAGAAUGAUGUUAGCAAGCAUAACUCGAAUAUUUGAUCCGCUCGGGUUGCUAGCUCCUGCGAUAAUAAUAGCAAAAAUAUUGAUUCAAGAAUUGUGGAAGCUUCAGUUGGAAUGGGAUGAAGCCCUCCCACUAGUCAAUAAAGUCAAAGAAGCGUUAGUCGUCAAGGUGUCUAAAACGUAUUACUGGUCGGAUUCAUCUAUUGUUUUGCAAUGGAUCAAGUGCACAAAUAAGAAACUGCCUGUCUUCGUCGCGCACAGAAUAGGCGAGAUCCAAGAAUCGACAGCAGCGGUAGAUUGGAACCACGUUGGUAGCAAGGAGAACCCGGCAGAUUUAGUGUCGCGAGGUAUCUCUCCAAAAGAAUUACGCAACUCUCAGCUAUGGUGGGAAGGUCCUGCAUGGUUGUAG